UCUACUUCCGGUGUAAGGACUUUCAGCUACAGAAAAGAAACAUCCCCGAGAAAUGGCUCUGGUUUAAAACUUGAAGAGCUAAUCGUAAACUAAUCCAAUUUAUUGAGAAAACAAAACAUCUUUAGCUUAGUGUGGAGCAUCAAAAUAUCAAAAUGCCGACCCCCCCUGGUCAGUUGACCACCCAGACCCCCGGCGGGUUUGUGCUGUUCUGGAACUUCGUGGUGCCUCUAACCGUCCUGCUCAACAUCCAGAAGUUUGGCAUCAGGACGCACGAGCUGGGUCUUAUAGUGGCGCUCUUGAUCAACCCUCACCUUCUCGGCUGGAUCGUCUAUUAUCCAUUCAUCGCCUGGAUUAACACCAUCUUCCUCAUCAUGUGGAUUGAGCGGAUCCUGCGGCGGUGGGCGUGGUACCGGAUUUACACCCUGUCGUUUCUCAAGAGGCUCGCGGUCUUUGGACUCUUUCUGGCCGUGCCGGGGGUCAUCAUGACCUAUAUCUGGCUGCCCAUCUAUGACGUGCUGCCCUACGUCAUCAUGUUCCUGACCAACUGUGAAAACAAGGACCUGCUGUCGCUGUACAGGGACGCCCUCUUGCUGUUGGUGGCCUUCGUCCUGCUGCUGCACUCUAUCUACUUCUACAACUACUACUACGGCUGUAUCCCCUACCACGGCUGUAAGGCGUUUUGUCCCAGACCGAACGCCUGCAAGAAGAAGACGGCCACCUGCUGUGAGAGUGCCAGUUCUCAGUCUGACGAGUGUAGCGACGACUAUUAUUAGAGCUGGAACCAUGGAAAAGGGGGGAGGGGCUGCACGAGCUGAUUCACGUUAUGGUUAAAACGUUAAUUUUGUUAACAAAAGUGAGAUUAUAGCAUCAUGGCUCAAAAAACUUAAAUGGCGCAUUAGAUGGCCGGGCUAAACAAAAUAUAGUGUGUAAUGUUUCCAUCAAUAAAAUCUUUGAAAUAUU